AUGAAUGCUUUUUCAUCAUGGGAAUUAAGGAAAUGUUUAAAGGUAUUAAAAAUUAUUGAUAAAUUUUGUCCAACAGCUGUGCUUGAAUCAUUUGUUGCUGAUAUUCAUGGACGAAAAGGUGUAAAGAAAGGAAGAAAUUUAAAUGAGUCAUUAACAUGGAAAAUAAAGUUUAAAAUUUUCCUGUUCAAAGGUCAUUUGUGUAUUCAGUGA